AUGUUGAAUAACGUGCUACUGCAAACUAUCCCCUAUGCUGCUGCUACAAUAAUCUCCUCAACUGAAGGUGGCGGAACCACCUUAAGGCAAGUCAUAUUUGGUGGGGCUUCGGCUUCAGAAGCCACAUCUGACUUAUCCUUUCGACAUAUCACUAUGCUUACUUUUGAAGCUGUUCUUGAAGUUAUCAUCAUUUGCUUUUUCGGUUUUAUCGCUGCUAAAACUGGUCUUUUAAAUACAAAGAAUCAAAAAGUUAUCAGUCAAUUGAAUGUUGACUUGUUUACUCCUUGUUUGGUAUUUACCAAACUAGCUAGCUCACUUUCCCUUAAAAAGUUGGUGGACAUCAUCAUCAUUCCUAUUUUCUAUGCAUUGUCAACUGGUAUUUCUUAUAUUUGUGCUUUGGUGGUAUCUAAAUUCUUUGGUUUAAAUGAACCUGAAACAGACUUUGUUACUGCAAUGGGUGUGUUUGGUAACUCUAAUUCUUUGCCUGUCUCUUUGACUUUAGCCUUAAGUUAUACAUUGCCUGAUUUACUUUGGGAUGAUAUUGAUGACGAUAACCAAGAUAAAGUUGCUUCAAGGGGUAUUUUGUACUUGUUGAUUUUCCAACAGUUGGGUCAAAUAUUAAGAUGGUCUUGGGGUUUCAAUAAAUUAUUGCGUAAAAGAUCUUAUGAAGAAUUACAUUAUUAUGAAGGUGUUUCUGUCUCUGAAUUUCAAGGCGAACUGUGCAUCGAAUCAGAAAAUGUGUCUGAUAUCCUUCGUCACUCCGGAAUGCAACCUGACGGUGAAGAUGAUGACAAUACAAAUAAGUCACCUGUUGUUGUUGUGAAUGAAGAAGAGCUGAUUUCUCUCACUGUUUCACAAGCUCAUUUUGAUGUUGCAAGUUCUUCAUCUUCAACAACCUCUAUUGAAGGUGCCACAAACCAAUCUGAAGAUGAAAUUGAAAAUUCCAAAGUAUCACACAAGAACCAUAAUUUAUCUAUGAAAUGUAUACGAUGCUUAUGGUUCAGCAUCAAAAACUCGAAGCCUGUUCAAGGAUUUUUGGCUUUCAUGAAUCCUCCUUUGUAUGCUAUGUUGGUUUCCAUUGUUGUGGCAUCGAUUUCACCACUUAGACUUGCAUUAUUUCCUCCAAACCCCCAGGAGCCAACUUUUGUGUCCAAUACAUUUACAAGAGCUAUUGGUCAAUUGGGUUCGGUUUCUAUACCUUUGAUUUUAAUUGUUUUAGGAUCAAAUUUAUAUCCAUCAAGUGACUUACCACCAGAAUCAAAACAUUAUAACAGAAUUGUUUUUGGUUCAUUAUUAUCAAGAAUGAUUCUCCCUUCAUUGAUUUUAUUGCCUAUUAUUGCUCUUCUGGUGAAAUACGUUAAUAUCAGUAUCUUGGAUGAUCCUAUUUUUUUGAUUGUUGCAUUUGUUUUAACCAUUUCACCUCCAGCAAUCCAAUUAAGUCAGAUUACUCAAUUGAAUAACAUUUAUCAGAAGGAAAUGGCGGGCGUGUUAUUUUGGGGUUAUGUUAUAUUGACUUUGCCAACGACUAUUUUCAUUGUGGUGACUUCAUUAGAAGUCUUGAAAUGGGCCAACUAG